CCCGGCAGCGCCGGGUCGCCUUCCAGCCUGCAGAAGCUGCGGUGGCUGUGUCGCCUCCGCCCUGGGGCCCAGGUUCCAGGCCGGCUGGCCCGGCCCGCAGGACAUGGAGCUCCGAGCAGCGGAUCGUGAGCCUCGGGAGCACCCCAGCCUGCCCAUCCGGACACCAGCUCACCACCUCUCUCAUCCCAAUCCCUGGAGACAGCAGCCCCCGGACUGCUGAGGGCCAGCGGCAGCAUGAAGACUCGGGGUCGCAUUCUGUUCAUCAUACUCUGCUCCUUGACGUUCCCUGUCAUCUACAUCCUCCUGUGCUGCUGGACCUGCCUGCCCCUCUGCCUGGCAACCUGCCUGGAUCGCCACCUCCCUGGGGGCUCGAGGCCUACUGUGCCGGGUCCCCUGCCCUUCAGUGGCUACAGCAGCGUGCCAGAUGGGAAGCCACUCGUCCGAGAACCAUGUCACAGCUGUGCGGUGGUAUCCAGUUCUGGCCAGAUGCUGGGCUCUGGCCUGGGCACCCAGAUCGAUGGUGCUGAUUGUGUUCUACGCAUGAACCAGGCACCCACCCUGGGCUUUGAGGCCGAUGUGGGCCAGCGUAGUACCCUGCGUGUGAUCUCUCACACGAGCGUGCCUCUGCUGCUGCGCAACUAUUCUCACUAUUUCCAGCAGGCCCGGGACACGGUCUAUGUGGUGUGGGGCCAGGGCAGGCACAUGGACCGGGUGCUGGGUGGCCGGACCUACCGCACGCUGCUGCAGCUCACCAAAAUGUACCCAGGCCUGCAGAUAUACACCUUCACCGAGCGCAUGAUGGCCCACUGUGACCAGAUCUUCCAGGAUGAGACGGGCAAGAACCGGAGGCAGUCCGGCUCCUUCCUCAGCACUGGCUGGUUCACCAUGAUCCUGGCCCUGGAUCUGUGUGAGGAGAUCGUAGUCUACGGGAUGGUCAGUGACAGCUACUGCAGGGAGAAGAGCCCCCCCUCGGUGCCUUACCACUACUUUGAGAAAGGCCGGCUGGACGAGUGUCAGAUGUACUUGGCACACGAGAGGGCACCUCGGAGUGCCCACCGCUUCAUCACCGAGAAGGCUGUGUUCUCUCGCUGGGCCAAGAAGAGGCCCAUCGUGUUUGCUCACCCAUCCUGGAAGGCCGAGUAGUCCCUGGUCCCCGGCGGCCAUCUGCCUCUACCAGGCCCACGGCCCCUCCCAGGCCACCGCACUCCAUCAAGAACAUUUAAUUUGUGACUUUUGCCUCCUGCCACCUGCCUAGUGGACUUGGGGAUGCCUUUUGUUUCCACUCUGGAGACACUUGGGAAAAUUCUGGACCUCAUGACUUGAAGAGGAGUCGAGGGGUACUACUAUUUCAACCCCUGCUCCCUGAAGAAUCCAUGUCUUCAUUUCGGGGUUUUCAUCCACCACCGGGACUCUCAAGUGGCCUUUGCCCUGGGGCCAAUGGUCCCCACUCACCAGCAUUAUGACCUUGUGCCAGUUCUGAUAUUCCCUCUGCCUACCCCCUGCCGCCCGAGGUGCCACACUCUCAGGCUAGUGGUCCUGGCUGGGGCAACCUGGAGCCUGGGGUUUGUUGGGUGGCAGGGCCUCUGAGCAGUGACUCCCAGGGCCACCUCCGGAGUGUACGGGUAAACGUGUUCUCUGGACACUGUCUACUGUGGUCAUGGGUGUGAGGUGGAGGUCAAGCCUCCUGUCCCUGCCGCAGGCCCAUGAACCUGCUCAUUUCAGGGCAGUCCCUCCCCAGGCCCACAGGUGCCUGUGUUUCCACACUGUGUCUGGCCCACAGCCUCCCCAUCCUCACCAGGCUUCUUGGGCACCUCCCCUGCGAAGUCAGCAGGAGCUGAGCCAAGGCCUUGGGUUUGGGGUAAGGAAGGAAAUUCCACCCAUGUUGCUUUCCUCAGGGUAAGAAGGAAAUUCCACCUCAUGUUGCUUUUCUGGCCCACGGGUCAGAUUCCGAUGUCUUCACCAGUCCCUUUGCCUUUUAAUUCUGGGUUGGGUUCCAAAGGCAGCCCCAGGGUGGGUGUUGAGAAGGGGGGUUUCUGGAAGUGAUCCAGUCAGUGUUAGGCUGGUUCAAGCCCAGGCCUGACUCACCUGUGAAGUGUCGCAACAGCUGCUGUCCCGUUGUUGAUGGGGGGUGUGGCCAUCUGGGGAGAGAGGCUUCCUUGCACAGGGACACAGGUGAGGUAGGCUGUGCAUGACCAAGACCAUCUUCCACGGGUGACUAAGCUGGGAUGCUCAUCUCUGCCCUGAAUCCUUCCCCCACCAGGUGACUGAAGGAUGGAGCCCCUGGCUUCUAGCUUUUAGCUCCAGGGUUCAGGGCCCUUCUGAGUGUGGUAACCCAGAACUCUGUGUAGUUUAAUCUCUGAUGUUGCGAACUUGAAUUUUUUGUUGGUUGUUGUUCAAACUUGAAGUUUUUCAUGAUGUUUGGUUUUCAAUAA